AUGGCUCAACCACCGCUCCGAGUAGGAAUCCUCGGCGCCGACAGCGAAGUAGUCCAGACCAUCUACUUACCUGCCCUACGAGCCCUAGAUCAAAACUUCAAAAUCGCAGUCCUUCACAGUGCAGUCAGCAGCGCCAACAAUACGGGCUCCCCGCGAACCACCACUUCAAUCGACGAUGUCAUACAUGAUCCCAGUAUCGAUCUCAUCCUCAACUUCCUCCCUAACGAGUAUCACGAGACCUACACCAUCGCCGCCCUCGAGGCUGGCAAACAUGUCAUGGUCGAAACCCCUGUAAGCCUCAGCAUUAGAAGCACCAAACGGAUCAUCGCCGCCGAGAAGUGCGCGCCGAACGGGGCUAAGGUCUUCGUCGCCUGCGCGCGCCGCUACGUACCGUGCUUCGAGGACGUGUUCAAGAAAGAAGUCGCGAGCCUCGACCGGAUCUACUACGCUCGGUGUCGGAACAUCGCAGGCCCACACACAGCGCACUCAGCCACCACGCCCCAGAAUCCGACGGUACCCAAGACGUGCAGCAGCAACAGUAAUGGGGCGGGAACCGGCGACAAGCAUCUCCUGCAGGGGCUUCUGGAGGAAGUAUUCAGCGGACAAGAGCUAAGCCAGGACCGCAUCGCGCUGUGCCAGUUUCUCGCCUCACUGGGGUGUCAUGAUCUGGGUCUGAUGCGGGAUACGCUCGGCGCGCCGGAUACCAUCUCCACGAUCUCGGUGAACGAUCCGUUCUACUCGGCCAUUUUCCACUACACGGAUACUGCGGCGAGGGGCGGACACCCGUUUACCCUGGUGUACGAGACGGGUACGGACUCCGUGCCGCGGUGUGAUGCGCACCUCGCUAUUUACGGGCGUACGAAGACCGUGAGCAUCUACUACGAGCUUCCGUAUGCGCGGGGCCAGCUGUUGCGGGUGGUGGUGGAGGAGAUGGAUGAUCAGGGCGUACUCAGAAAGACGGAGAGUGUGAGUAGUUGGGAGGAUGGGUAUCGGGAGGAGCUGAAGGCGCUGUAUGCGUUUCUCGUUGAAGGGAAGCCAGCCAAGACGACGGCUGUAGAUGGUCUCCAGGAUCUAAAGUUGUUCCGGAUGAUGUUCGAGCAGUACGAUCGGCAGUGCGGGACCAUUCGAACUCCCCUUGGCUAG